AUGUCGGCAAGUCAAAACAACAACGGAGGACCUUCUCCUCCUCGGGAACAACCGAAGAAGGAAGAUGAUCAAGCAGCGUCUGCCACCUCAGCCGUCAAUACUGGAACUGGACAUCAGAACAAUGCUGCCUCCAACACGAACGGGAUCGCCGAUGAGUCCCAGGUAACUUUUACUCAGGAAGACAUUGAUAAGGCUGAAGAACUAGACUUUAAUGAAGAUAAUGCGUUGCAACUCGAAAGCCUCCUGAGACCGAAUGGUGGAAACAGCGGUAACUAG